GUCGCAGCCGUUUCGGCUUUUGGAUUGGUACGCCCCGUUGGGCAUUCUGAUCUCCAUCGUGCAACAUCCAUAUACACCAUUUUAUCGGAAGGUUCUUCCAAAGCGUUGGGUGCACGGUGACUUACUGGAGCAUGCUCUGCUGGACAUCCGCUUUGCCCAGGCUCGGCCUGUGGCUGCUGCUGUGCCGGGCCGCCGCCCUGAGCGACGACAGGCAGCUCCGGGCCUCGGCCGCCGCGGAGCCCGACCGGGCGGCCGCCGGCCCCGCUGCGCUGCAGGACGCGCCGGCGGGCGAGGGCGGCGCCAGCACGCUGGCGCUGCUGCAGGAGGUCCUCGCCGACCAGGGCGCGGCGCUGGACCCAGAGCAGCAGGCGCGCUGGCGGCGCUACCCGCACAGCAUCGUGGCCGCCAGCCUGUCGCACCAGGGCGCGGUCAGGCACGGCCACGUCCUGAGGAUGCUUCACUGGGGGGGUCGUCAAACGACGCGAAGAUCGGGACAAAAUCGGAUCGGGAUAACUCGGAAUCUCUGAGAAUCGGC